UCUGUAUCACUGGUCACACCUCCCUCCCUACAGACAGGCAUGGGGAAGACAGAUGAAGAGAGAGACAAAAAAGAAAGGGGACUUGGUGAUCCAUACACUUUUUUUUUCUUUUUUUACAAACAAGCACACAUUUCUUUGUAAUAAACAGGAGGAAGAAAAAAAAAGUAAUGACGUAGAAACCAUCUGUUUUGAUCCUGAUCCAGUGCUGGAUGCCCUCUUUUUGGAGCCACUUCAGGCCUUCCACAUGCCCCCUCACAGGGAGCUUGUGGUUCCCUCUCAUUUCCCUUGGGGAAGCAGAUGAGUAAACUGAGAUCCAGAGAGAGACAAUAACUUGCCCAGAGUCACCUCCAACAUGCAGACUCCUGCCAUGAUGUCUCUGCUGCUUGUGUCCCUUGGCCUCAUGGAGGCACUUCAGGCCCAGAACCACCUCAUCAAACGACGAGACCUCUUCUCUCAAGAAACCCCCCUGGACAUGGCCCUGGCCUCCUUCGAUGACCAGUAUGCUGGUUGUGCAGUGGCCAUGAGAGCAGCUCUCCCAGAUCUCAACCGCACGGAGUUUCAGGCCAACAAAGUGUAUGCCGACGGGUGGGCGCUGGCAAGCAGCCAGUGGCAAGAGCACCAGGCCUGGGGGCCAGAGUGGGGCCUUAUCGCUACCCUUCCGCCUCCGCCGCCCCCGGGCUUCCGCGACGAGCACCGGGUGGCCCUUCUGGCCUACACAGCCAACAGCCCCCUGCACAAGGAGUUCAAUGCAGCCGUGCGCGGGGCAGGACGCUCCCGGGACUACUACCUCCGCCACUUCUCCUUCAAGACACUCCAUUUCCUGCUGACUGAGGCCCUGCAGCUGCUGGGCAGGGGCCAGUGCCGCCAGGUGUUCCGAGGGGUUAGUGGGCUGCGUUUCCGGCCAGCAGGGCCCGGGGCCACCGUAAGGCUGGGGGGCUUUGCCUCUGCGUCCCUGCAGAAUGUCGCGGCCCAGCAUUUUGGUCAGGACACCUUGUUUGGCAUCUGGACCUGCCUUGGGGCCCCUAUCAAGGGUUACUCCUUCUUCCCUGCGGAGGAGGAGGUGCUGAUCCCCCCCUUCGAGACCUUCCAAGUAGUCAACGCCAGCAGACCAGCCCAGGGCCCCGCACACAUCUAUCUACGGGCCUUGGGCAAGCGCAGUACAUACAACUGCGAGUACAUCAAAGAUAAGCAGUGUAAGUCUGGGCCCUGCCGUCUGGAUAAUUCAGCCAUGGGUCAGGGUACCCUUUCUGGAGUCUGGGCUCUCCUGCUGCUGCUCUGGUUCCUUGUGGUGGAGGCCUUUACAGAGAGUCCAGGCCUCCUCUGAUCGAGCAGAUUCUGAGCAGCCCUGCCUGCCACCUCUGCCCAGCAUGAGGAUGUUGGCCACAUGUGUGCUUUAAGCAUAGCCAAAAUCCCUGGUAACCCAUCUGCAGGGAACUCUGGGACCU